UCCAACAUGRCUGCGAUCAGGAGUUGGGUCACUCCGGUUUCGCUAACGAUAUGUUUUUUAAGACAAGCUGGAAGACCAAGUCCGGGGAACCAUUCAUUUACAGAGAGAUGGAACCAGAGGUCCCAUCUUCACACAGCAGUAGAAUGUAGGAGUCCAUCGACUAGAGCUGUUCUUGGUCGACGUCACAAUGGGAGUUUCUUAUUGGUCAGUGCCGUGGCUGUCACGCACAACAGCUCACAGGCACAGUGCUGGCCCGCAUCAUGGUGUUCCCGGUCAUCGUGAAGGGUCAGAGGGAGGCGGCCAAGCUGAACAACGUUAUGCCAGAGAUGACCAAAUUCACCAACAAGAUGAACGAGGACAAACGGAGCGGAAACAAGUUUGACUUUGCUAAGGCGUACUCUGACCUGACCGUUUUCCAGAAGAAGCAUGACGUCAACCCUCUCCGUGGCUUCCUGGUCCCUCUGGUGCAGACACCAGUGUUCAUCUCGUUCUUCAUUGUUCAGAUGUCCUACCUCCCUGUCCCCAGUAUGCAGACAGGAGGGUGCUUGUGGUUCUUAGACCUCACAGCAGCAGACACCUUCUACGUCCUCCCCAUCGCUGUGACCGGAACAAUGUUUGCCAUCCUGGAGUUGGGGGCAGAGUCUGGUGUGGAUAACCCUAACCUGAAAGCCAUGAAGACAGUGUUCAGAAUCAUGCCCUUCAUCAACCUCCCCCUCACCAUCAACUUCCCCACGGCGGUGUUUACAUACUGGAUGACRUCCAACUGCUUCUCCCUGGCCCAGGUGGCCCUGCUCAAACACCCACUGGUCAGACAGAACCUGAGGAUCCUCGAGAGGAUCAAACACCCAGUCUCCGCCCUGCCCCAGAACGAAGGCUUCAUCGACACCAUCAAGAAGGGCUGGAAGAACGCUCAACUGGCCCAGCAGUUAGAGGAGAGGGAGAGGCUGUCCUCCUAUAGGCUGGAAGAACGCUCAACUGCCAGCAGUUAGAGGAGAGGGA